GCGCUGCUCGCCGGAAAAAAACUGCCGAUCUUGGCGGGUUUGCGUUUCGAUUGUGCUCGGCUCUGCGUCCCCCAAAUCUGUAGGCAAUGAAUACAAGAACGGCCCCAGAUAAGGAACGGCCGCGCAAGAUAGGCGGGUCCUCGACUGAUUGACCGACGUUCUAGCCGUGCUUCUGCAAGAAUAAAGCGCCGCGCGCGUAUCGAUAUCGCCGUGCCGCCCAGCGACUGGUGACAAACAAUCAGCGUACACAGCCGACUUCAGUCCGCACGGCUACGACAACGCACCCCGUUAUGGAAAAGCUGCAGCAACGAGGUCCAUGGCGCUUCUGGGUGGCGUACGCGGGCGCGUGGCUGCUGCUGACGCUGUGCUGCUGCUGCUGCCCGGAGCCCGCGGGGGCGACGCUGUGCAACGAGCUGACCAUGCUGAGCGAGGAAUGCCAGUGCGAAGAGAUCAACGGCAAUCUCACGCUGCGAUGGGCCAACAUCCACGUCAGCCCGCUGCUCAGCGACCUGGAGAAAGUGGCCGAUGCCAACAUAUCCCUGUACGAGAUUCAGAUCCGUGACUCUGACCUGGAAGAGUUGAAGAAGGCGUUCCCGCAGUACAUCAACCAACACGUUGAGCGGCUCACGCUUGACAACACGCGCAUUGGCCAGAUAUACGUGGGCGACAUCAUACGGCCCAUGUCGAAGCUACGCAGUCUGCAGCUCGAGAAUGAGACCAUUCAAGAGCUUCAGGCGAACAUGUUCGACUCGCUGCCCCUGCUGGACGAGCUGGCCGUGAACAGCGCCCACCUGGUGUCCGUGCGCGAGAACGCCUUCGUCAAGCUCAACCUGAGCCGCCUUUGGCUGCGCUACAACCACCUGACUCAGGUGCCAGACGCCGUGAGCAAGCUGCCCUACUUGCGCGAGCUGGACCUAUUCGAGAACCGUAUCGAGGUGGUCACCGACCAGGAGGCACUCGUGCUCCAGUCCAACCUCAAGCACCUCCGCCGACUGGUCAUGAACAAGAUGCAGUGCGACUGCGAGUUGGGCAAGGGCGAGUUCCUGUCCUGGAUCCGGCGGGCCAACAUCAGCGGCGUCAAAUGCGGCGAGCCACCGUCCCUGCUAGGCAAGGACGUGACCGCGCUCACCACCAAGCAGUUCUGCGACGCGGCUGCCAUGCCGUCGGCCGGAGCAACCAUCCUGGUCGCCUUGGUUGCAACGCUAGUCACCGGACACUUCGCAGUCGCUGCCAGCUGAGAGUUCAAGCUGUGUGUUCGGAAUUCGUGACUAUUGUGACGGAGAGGCGACGCGUUCUCCUCUCAACGACUGUGGUCGGUGCGCAUGUUGGACACUGUAGUAGAGUGUUUUGGGAGUGUCGGUAACACCGCACGGUAAGUGCGGAAAUACCGCACCGUCGUGGUCAACACGUAGCUUAAAAAAAAAACGUUAUAUCUGUUUUAUAAUUGCUCAUCGCGUAUGACAACGUGAUGAGGUGAUCAAAGUGGCUAAUAGAGGUCUCGCAGACUAAACAAGCUACGUGCCGACCAGAACGAUACGGUAUAGUGUACUUACCGUACGAUAAACCGGCGCUGCUUUUUAAAAGAGCGUCAGGGAUCGAGACCGCCGAUUCCAAGUCGUGCUUAACCAACCCGCCCAAAUGCGUACGUUUCUGGAGCCCAGCGAGAAACGAAGGGAACGGGACGUCGAAGUAAGCGUGUGCAGAAACCAUCACAAGCUCACAUGACUGAAUACGCGUUGCUGCGCAGACGCCAAGUUCAGAGGAAUCCACGUUGGCCAGUUUUACUUACGUAAUGAAAUAGGAAAUAUAA